CGUAAAAAGUUUCAACACAAACCAACGACAGCAGCAGCAGCAGAAGAAGAAGGGAGUCAGCAGCACUGGAGACAUUUUUAAUCUACUCUGCCGUGAAAACUGUGAAGGCAACAAAGAGUCAUGACCUCCAGGAGCGUCUGUAAGAAGCAGCGUUCACGGCAUGCGAAGGAUAGCCGUGAGCUGACAGCAUCCUACAACAGGAGCUCUGCCAUCUUUGAUCUGCUAAAAGAACGCCGGGAACUUGAAGACCUGGACAAACAGAACAAGGAGAGCCAAGAAGAAUUGGAGAAUUUGCAACAGCGUGAAGAUGAGUUGCAGGAGAAGACUAAGAAAGUUAAAGAGUUGAACGUCAGGUUAAGAAAAAUUCUCAAGGACCAGGCUGCUGAAUUUGCAGAGCGAGCAAAAAGUGGGAGGAAAGAGGUGCUUCACCUGGAUGCAGACCAUCAGAGGCUAGUGGUGGAGUUAGCUGAAGAGCUGCUAAGGAAAAAGGAGCUAGAGCACCAGCUAGUGAAACACCAACCGCAUGCUGACAUCUUUGAGCGGGCGGCCAAGUUGACUAAGUUUAAGGAUGCAAAGAGCCUUGCCGACCAUAUGGAGAACCUUUUCCGCAUUCGAGGGAGUCUCCUUCAGCAGGACCUGCAGAAGCGUGAGAAGUAUGACGAGCUGAGGAAAACCCUGCAGUCAAAGCAAGAACAGCAUCGCCUUAUGCGACUGCAAAAGACCUACGAGCUGUCCCAGCUGGAGGUCGAGCAUGAGAAAGUGCGCUCUGAAGUUCUGGACUGGGAGACAAAGUGGAACCACAUUCAGGAAACUGCAUCAAAGAAAACACUUCUCCUGGGACAGAUCAAGAUGGCGACACUCAACCUCUAUGAAAUGACAUGUCAGGAGAAAAAAGGAGAGGAAGUCGUUGAUAUAAACCUCACAGAAAAACAGCUGGACAUGGUUAGGAUGUUCAUUCAAGACACCGACGACAUUGUUACAAUAUCAGAACUCUUCACAGAGACAAGAGGGAAAGAAAAAAGACAAAAGGAGCUUCCCAAGUCACCAUAACAAAAAGGCUUCAAAGAAACCUUUAGCAUGAGUCUCCUUACAGCUUCAGAACUGAAUUUUCUGAGCUGGAACUAAAUAAUUAAAGUGUGUGUAUCUAAUGUUAAACUCUGUGAGUUUCCUUAACUGUGAACUUGUAGACUCUGAAGUUCAAUAAACUUCAACACUGAGUGCAAUCAA